AUGAGUCAUAUUCAAAUGUUUCAUUCAUAUAAAAAUAGUGUUACUCUUUAUUGGAAUUCAAAUAAUCUUGAAUAUCAAAUUAUUCGUGACAACGAAGUUUGGUUUGAAAGUGGUCCGUUUUUUAUUCAUUUUAAUCAAACAUUUUAUUCAUCAGCUCCCGAACAAGAAAUACUUCCAAUGUUACCCUUGUAUCUCAUUGAACAAUAUGAAACUAAUGGAACUGAUGUUGUUUUUGGCUUAUUCGAUAGAUUGUCUCUUCGUUGGUCAAUUGCAAAUACUUCAAAUGGCUUUGUUUGGGAAACAUCAUUUAAAAUCUUUCAAGAACAGUCAAUUAUUUUAUUUGAACAAUAUUUUCCUAUUGAUCUUAGCGGAAUGUCACAGGGAAACGAUCGAAAUACAUUUAAAUAUUCUUCCACAGCUUUUCCAAGAUUUAAAGUUUCCUUCAAUCAAACAGAUCAAUAUGCUAUCGAUCAAUUAGGUCAUUUUACAUUUUUAGAUGCUUGGGAUUUAAAUAUGCGUGGAGUUGGUUUAAAAAAUGUUUUCACUGGUGGCUUAUAUAGUGGAAAUCCUUUAGUAUUAUAUAAUUUAACAAAAAUCGAUUCGAAUAUUAUUCUAUCAUCAUUAACUAAUUUCAUGACAAAUUUUCAAACACGUUCGCCAUCAUUAAACUAUCAUCUAUCAUGUGGUUUACAUGGACGAGUACAUCAAAUAGUAAAAUCAUUUUCUUUAAAAACUAUUUUAUUAGCAUCCGAACCUAAACAAGGUAUCAAUCAAAUUGUUAAUCUAUGGGGAAAAUUGAUGUUACAAUAUUAUGGAAAACAACAUAUUAAAGAACAAAAAGAUCUACACAGAGAUUUCUAUGUAUCAAAAUUAGGUUAUUACACAGAUACAGGCGCUUACUAUUGGUAUCAUACAGAAUCGAAUUUAACCUACGAACAAACAUUUAUUAAAUUAAAACAGUAUCAUGUAAAUGAACGAAUUCCUAUUCAAUAUUAUGAAUUAGAUUCCUAUUGGUAUUACAAACAAAAUAAUUAUACGGGUGAACAUGGUGGUAUUAUGUUGUAUGAACCGAGACCUGAUGUAUUUCCAAAUGGUAUUGAUGGUCUGCAAAAAGACGUUUUGCAUACACCUCUGAUUGUUCAUCAUAAAUAUUAUUCAACAGAUAAUUUAUAUCAAAAUACAUAUAGAUUUGUGAAUGGCAGUGUAGGAGGCGUUUCAUUACCAUUGGAUCAAACUUUUUUUAAUAAAAUAUUUUCACAAGUUAAACAAUGGGGCGUAGAAAUUCUUAUACAAGAUUGGCUUUCGUCUGUCUAUGAAGAUAUGCCAGAAUCAUCGUGGGAUGUUCAAACAGCACGUGAAUAUCAUAUACAUUUAGCUGAAGGCGCUAAACAAGCUGGAGUUAAAAUCAUUUAUUGUAUGCCAUUAAAUCCAGAUAUAAUGGAAACACUAGAAAAUACGCAAGUUCAUUAUAUGCGCGUUAGUGAUGAUUAUUCAGAAAAUAUUAAUCAAUGGAAUAUUGGCCGAGUAUCAAUGAUUACAUGGGCCAUAGGUGUGAUACCAUUUAAAGAUACAUUCUGGACAACGUCAAUGCAGCCAGAAUCAAGAUACGGCAAUUUUACAGAACCAAAUAUUCAUUUGAAUGCAUUGAUUGCAUUAAUGAGUUUAGGCGGUGUUGCCAUAUCAGAUAAAAUUGGUAAUACAAACAUAACGGUUGUUAAUCGUUUAUGCCGAUUGGAUGGCGUUCUAUUUCGUCCAGAACGACCUGCAACUGCUAUGGAUUCAACAUUUUUAGCUAGCGGUGGCCCUAAAGGAGAAAUGUGGCAUACAUAUAGUUCUGAUGGGCAACAAAGCACAUUCGUGGAAUAUGUGAUGAUAACAAAUUUAACUGAACCUUAUUUAUUCUCUUGGAAUGAAUUGUCUAAUACAGAAGAAGAUGAUAAUCCAAUCAGAAUAGUAUCGGAUAUGUAUGUUGCCUUUGAAUUUGAAAAUCCAAAAGAUUAUUAUUGGUUUUCAUCAAUAAAUUCAUCGACAAUAGUAAUGCCCUCUUGUGCACAAGAUUUAGCAACACAUCAUUCACCAUUUCAUCUUUAUAUAUUUGUGCCUUUUUCAAAAAUAUCGAAUUGGAUUUUAUUUGGUGAAUUAAGUAAACAGUUACCAAUAACCAAACAAAGAUUUGGAUCAAUACAAAAUACCGCUGAUAGUCUUCACGUGAAUGUGAUUGGAGUUUAUGGCGAACAAGUGCCGAUUACCGUAGGAUAUUGUGAACAUGUAUUUGGCAAAAUUGAUAUAUUUACUGUCGAAUGCUCAUUUAUUUCAGUACAAGAUAUAUCAACAAUGAUGAUAACAUGUGAACCACAAACCGGAUGUCAGUGUAACAUUAUUUAA